AUGAUAAAUUAUUGGAACUAUGACCAUGAGGAACACUAUGUAAGAACGAGAGACGGUUACUUGUUAUGCUUACAUCGACUCAAAUACAGCCGCUUAGAAAGCGGACAUUGUCAGCAGCCACCACAGUAUCAGCGUUUCGACAGCCAUCCAUUUGAAGAUAGAAUACAAGAGAAAGGAGCCAGCAUUACAGAUAACCUUCAUCAAUGUCGUAAGAACACUCGUCGUCAUGGAUACAAAGGCAAGCCGGUCGUCUUGCUGUGGCAUGGUCUGACGCUGACAUCAGAGGUUUGGAUUUCCAAUAUUGAGGAACAGAGAAAUCUGGCUCUCUAUUUGGUUGAGAGAGGAUACGAUGUGUGGAUGGGCAAUGCACGUGGCAAUAAAUAUAGUCAAUCGCAUCUGACAAAGAAUCCCAAGGACGGAGCCUUCUGGGAAUUCUCUAUUAAUGAAUUUGCUAUGAUUGAUCUACCAGAUACUGUGAAUUGUAUUUUGAAAAAGACAGGCGCCCCUCAUUUGACGUAUAUCGGAUUUUCUCAAGGCACAGCUCAAGCUUUUGGUGGUCUCUCCAUUAAUCCUGAUUUAAACGAAAAGAUCAAUUUAUUCAUUGCGUUGGCACCCGCGGCCACGCCUAAGGGUUUUUCGUCGACUGUUCUUGAUGGCUUAAUCAAAGCCGCGCCUUCUCUUAUCUACGGUUUAUUAGGUCGCAAAAUCUUCUUAAAAUCAGUUCUUUUCUGGCAAAGGAUCAUCAGUCCACCUUUAUUUGUUAAAUUGAUUGAUGGAGCAGUCAGCUUUUUGUUUGGUUGGCAUUGUCAGAAUAUGACAGAAGCUCAGAAAUUAGUUAGUUAUCAACACCUGUUUAGCACAACCAGUGUCAAAUCCAUCGUUCAUUGGUUUCAAAUCAUCAGUACUGGACGUUUUCAAAUGUACGAUGAGACACCUAGUCUGCUACCGUACAGUACUGUAAACACUGUCAUUGACCAUUUACCGGCCAGAUUCCCUACGAGACAGAUCACAACACCGAUUGCUGUCUUUUACGGAUCGAACGACACGCUGGUUGAUUUCGACAUUCUUCAAAACGACUUGCCACCUUUAGUUUAUGUUAAAAAUGUGCAUGGUUACGAGCAUAUGGACUUUUUGUGGGCUAAGGGAUUGGAACGAAAAGUGUACCCUGACAUUAUCAAGUUGCUCGAACAUUUCAACCCAAAGAAGAACGACAUGGCAACUGCAGGAACAGCGAUUGAAAGAGUUGGUAGAGUACUUUGA